AGGACACAGGGCCCUCAGCCCCAGUUGGCAAUCCACGUGCUGACCCAGCAGGCGAUCUGCCUCGGGCGUUUUUUCCGUGCCAGUAUCCUUUCCUUCCUGCAAGGCUGGUCCUCCAGAGACCAAAUUGCAUCUCGGCCAAUUGCUUUCAGGCCUGGAAUCAGGGCAAAGGGAGCUGAUGUCCAGAUGGACAUUCACAGUUACCCGAUGGACCACAGGAGCAGCCCUGGCCUGGGGGCCCACACAUCUAUUUCUCCCUGUCCUCUGCUCUGCCCUGGGUCACAGGAGAGCUGACCCCUGCAGGCUGCAUUGUCCCAGCUCCCCUAUACUGGCUUCUGGCAGGACCAGAGCCCCUGCAGGUGCCAUGACUCAGCAGCCCCAGGAGGACUUUGACAGGAGCGUGGAGGAUGCCCAGGCAUGGAUGAAGGCUGUGCAGGAUCAGCUGCAGGUCAAUGACAACACGCAGGGGCCUCGCGCAGCCCUGGAGGCCAGGCUGUGGGAGACAGAGAAAAUAUGCCAACUGGAGCCCGAGGGGCGUGUGAAGGUGGACCUGGUGCUACGGAUGGCCGAAGCCCUCUUGGCAUGCUGCCCUGGGGACCAGAAGCCCGAGAUCCUGACCCAGCUGAAGGACAUCAAGGCCCAGUGGGAGGAGACGGUCACCUACAUGACUCACUGUCACAGCCGCAUCGAGUGGGUGUGGCUGCACUGGAGCGAGUACCUGCUGGCCCGAGAUGAGUUCUACCGCUGGUUCCAGAAGAUGAUGGUCACCCUGGAGCCCCACAUCGAGCUCCAGCUGGGCCUGAAGGAGAAGCAGUGGCAGCUGAGCCACGCCCAGGUGCUGCUGCACAACGUGGACAACCAGGCGGUGCUCCUGGACCGGCUGCUGGAGGAGGCAGCCUCCCUGUUCAACAGGAUCGGGGACCCCAGCGUGGAUGAAGAUGCCCAGAAGAGAAUGAAGGCCAAGUAUGAUGCAGUGAAGGCCAAGGCCCAGGACCGGGUAGAUCUGCUGGAGCAGGUAGCCCGGGAGCAUGAGGAUUACCAGGCAGGCGUGGACGAGUUCCAACUGUGGCUGAAGGCGGUGGUGGAGAAGGUGAAUGGCUGCCUCGGGCGGAAAUGCAAGCUGCCUAUCACACAGCGCCUCUCCACACUGCAGGACAUUGCCAAAGAUUUUCCUAGGGGCGAGCAGUCUCUGGAGAGGCUGGAGGAGCAGUCUGUGGGCGUCAUUCGGAACACCUCUCCUUUGGGUGCAGAGAAGAUCACCGGAGAACUGGAAGAGAUGAGGAAAGUUCUGGAGAAGCUGCGCGCCCUCUGGGAGGAGGAGGAGGAGCGGCUGCGGGGCCUGCUGCAGUCCAGGGGAGCCUUUGAGCAGCAGAUUAAGCAGCUGGAGGCCGAGCUCAGCGAGUUCGGGAUGGUCCUGCAGAGGCUGGCCCAGGAGGGUCUGCAGCCUGCGGCGAAGGCGGGGACCGAGGAUGAGCUGGUGGCCCACUGGAGACGCUACUCGGCAACACGGGCGGCGCUGGCCUCAGAGGAGCCCCGGGUGGACCGGCUGCAAGCCCAGCUGAAGGAGCUCAUUGUCUUCCCCCAUGACCUGAAGCCACUCUCUGACAGUGUCGUCGCUGCCAUCCAGGAGUAUCAGAGCCUGAAGGGGAAGAGUGCCAGGCUGCGCAAUGCUGCAGGGGUGGAGCUGUGGCAGCAUUUCCAGCGGCCUCUGCAGGAUCUGCAGCUGUGGAGGGCCCUGGCCCAGCGGCUCUUGGAGGUCACUGCCAGCCUGCAGGACCUGCCUUCCCUUCACACCUUCCUACCCCAGAUCGAGGCGGCCCUGAUGGAAAGCUCCCGCCUGAAAGAGCCGCUGACAAUGCUGCAGCUGAAGAAAGACCUCCUGAUUGGCAUCUUUGGCCAGGAGAGAGCCAUGGCACUCCUGGAGCAGGUGGCGGGUUCCGUGAGGGACAGAGACCUGCUGCAUAACAGCCUUCUGCAGAGGAAAAGCAAACUGCAGAGCCUGCUCGCUCAGCACAAAGACUUCGGAGCGGCUUUCGAGCCCCUGCAGAGGAAGCUCUUGGACCUCCAAGCCAGGGUCCAAGCUGAGAAGGGGCUUCAGAGGGACCUUCCUGGAAAACAGGCCCAGCUCUCAAGGUUACAGGGGCUGCAGGAAGAGGGGCUGGACCUGGGGGCACAGAUGGAGGCUGCGAGGCCUCUAGUCCAGGAGAAUUCCAACCACCAGCACAAAAUGGACCAGCUUUCCUCCGACUUCCAGGCCCUGCAGAGGUCUCUGGAGGACCUUGUGGACAGGUGUCGGCAGAGCGUGGAGGAGCACUGCACCUUCAGCCACCAACUGCUGGAGCUGCGGCAGUGGAUCGCCGUGACCACGCAAAAGCUGGAGGCACACCGGGGAGAGGCUGGCCCGGGGGAUGCUGAGUCCCAAGAGGCCGCGUUUGAGAGGCUGGUGGCAGAAUUCCCGGAGAAGGAGGCCCAGCUGUCCCUGGUGGACGCGCAGGGCUGGCUGGUGAUGGAGAAAUCUUCUCCGGAGGGUGCUGCUGUGGUGCAGGCGGAGCUCAGGGAGCUGGCAGAGUCGUGGCAGGCCUUGAGGCUGCUGGAAGAAAGUCUGCUGAGCCUCAUCAGAAACUGGCACCUGCAGAGGACGGAAGUGGAUUCAGGGAAGAAAAUGGUUUUCACCAACAACAUCCCGAAGUCAGGAUUUCUCAUCGACCCCAUGGAUCCUAUUCCCAGGCAUCGUCGACGGGUAAAUCUUGUCCAGGAAGAAGAAGGGAGCCAUGAAGAUUUCUCCCAGCUCCUGAGGAACUUUGAGCAGUGGUUGCAGGUGGAAAAUUCCAAGCUGGUUAGAAUCAUCGCAAUGAGGACUUCUACAGCCGAGGACUUGAGGACCAGAGAAUCAAAGCUGCAGGAGCUGGAGGCUCGGGUGCCAGAAGGUCAGCAUCUCUUUGAGCAUCUCCUUCGUCUCGGGCCAGCAAGGGGGACCUCGGAUAAGCUGGAAGAUCUGCGCUACCAGUGGAUGCUGUACAAGUCCAAGCUGAAGGACUCCGGCUACCUGCUGACACAAAGUUCUCCAGGGGAGCCGACUGGAUUCCAAAAGACUCGGCGGUGGCGAGGACUGGGCUCCCUCUUCCGGAGGGUGUGCUGUGUGGCGCUCCCACUGCAGCUGCUUCUGCUGCUGUUCCUCCUCCUGCUGUUCCUGCUCCCCAUCAGGGAAGAGGACCGCAGCUGCACCCUGGCCAACAACUUCGCCCGCUCCUUCACGCUCAUGCUGCGCUACAAUGGCCCGCCACCCACCUAACCCGCUGGGGCACACAGGUGACUUUGUUCUCCAACCUCCAGCAGUCCCAGGGCCCCUCCUGAGGAUGCCCGCCAGGGAAACUGGAAACAGGGGCAGGCCAAAGACUGCAGAGCUGCAUCCAUAUCAGUGCUGUGUCAGCAUUCCCAGAACAGACUUACUUUUUAUACAGUGUUGUCUUAGUCUAUUUAUACCAAAUGUGUACUACAUGUGACUAGGGAACAAUGUCUAGAAUUUUUAUAUGAUCUGUAUGUAAAUGCUCAGUAUGUAUUGUUUCAUAUAUGAGGUCUAUCUGGAGUUGGGAAGAUUCCUAGCAGUGUCUCCCUCCAAUGGGA